UUGAUUACUAUUGAGUUGUACAGGAAAUAAUGAAAUUUACAGAAAAUGUCACUCGCUUUUCAACUUUCAGAAACUGAACCAAACAUUUUGUUAUUGAUAUUGUUUUGAUAUCUGAGCCCAAUCUGAUCCGGGACUUUUAUAAGCAAGUCAUUUGUAUACUCCAUAUUUUAUAUGCUCUUUGGUAUACUCCUUGAUAUUCUCCCAUUAAACGCAUAAUACACACUCUUCUUUCAUAUACUCUUUGGUGUCAUGUCAAACAAAUGCAAAUUUUUAUGAAGAAUAUUUGAUUUGUUAAAUAUUUGAAGAAGAUCGGAUAAUUAAACAUAUGAAAUCAACAUAAUUUGCUAUCUUCUUAUAAUUUUAAAACGUGAAGGAGGGUUGUCUGUAGAUUGGCGCUGAGACGAUAAAAGAAUGAGUAGAAGAAAUAACAAGAUUCGUAGGUUGGAGGUGCAAAAUAUACUGAAACUCGCGAACACGCUACAGGCCACGUUCGUCGUCAACGCCGAUUUAAAUUACGACACCCUGAUCAGCCCCGAGAUUACAAUCAAUAGUACCGCCAACUUCCAGGUGAGGGUUAUUAUCACUCAGGAUUCUUACAACUCAAAUUGCAACAGCUUCAUAUUCGUCAAAUUGUACAAAAUUGACAAGGACGACGAGCUUAAGUACAACAUGAACUUGUCCAGCAUUUAUUUAAAUAUCGACAACAAGACAUUUCCUUGCGAUGACGGCACCUGGCAUCUCGUUACAGAGCUUAAAACAUUGCAUUUCACUUUCGAUAUAAGCGUGGUAAUGAACAUAUUGCAAGGGAGCUCGUUCGCCACGCUAUACGACGAAGUCGACCUCAUGGACUUCGAGCUGCGCGGCGAGGACGGGGCCGUGCGCGUCCACCGCGCCGUCCUCGCAGCCUACAGCCCGGUCCUGCGGCGUAUGCUUAACGGCAGCUGGCGCGAGACCGCAGAAGGCCACGUCGACGUCCCCGGCACCUCCAAGAAGACGCUCCAACACCUCAAAAACUACAUGUACCUGCAUACGCUUCCCGAUACCGACUUGGAGCCCAUUAUGGUGCUGGCGACGUACUAUAUGAUGCAUGAGCUGGAGCAGAUGUGCGUGGACCGGCUGGUGAGCGCGCUGGAUGCGGAGAACGUGUGCCAGUUAUUGCAGUUCACGGCCAAGCACCGCCUCACGCGGUUGCUGCUCGCCGUGCUUGAAUCCGUGCAGAACGGCGUCAUUAAAGUCAUCGAUAUACGUAAACACUGCAUGCAUUCCAAGCUACCGUAAGUACAUUUUAAUAAACCACAUGUAUUCCUACUGUUAGGAAGAAAAUCCGA